CAGAGCAGAAUGAAUGGAGCUACGGAUUUUUACCGAGGAUGGAUUGAUUAUAAAAAUGGAUUUGGAAGUUUGACAUCUGAGUUAUGGUUGGAUUUUGAAGGAAAUUUAGCAUAUGCAGAAUAUUUCGACUUUAGUCUAGGAGAUUCUGCAUCAAAUUUUAGGUUGAAUGUCAAAGGAUAUUGUGGGACUGCAGGAGAUAGCCUUGCAUACCACAACGGCAUGAUGUUUUCUACUAAAGACAAGGAUAACGACAAACUUCCAUUCAGCUGUGCAAAAACCUGUAAAGGAGCAUGGUGGUCCAAGGCAUGUAAUCAAGCUGAUUUGAAUGGGGAAUAUUUAGGAAGACAGCACACGUAUGAUCUCCGAGGAAUCAAAUGGAGAGCAUGGAAAGGCGAUUACUACUCACUAAAAUCUACUAAAAUGAUGAUCAAGCGAAACUAAGAACCAUUUUCUGAAAGACUCAUAAUUUCAAAUGUACGCACACAUUCAAUUGAAUUUAAUCAAAGUGGUAAAAUUAAGUAACCUAUAAACAAUUGGAAGAUAAUCACAGAGAAUAACAUAUAUGCUUGAUAUAGGAAAAUAAACAUUCGUAUUGUGUUUAUUUUAUUUUUUCUUAUUAACUACCUAUUUACUUUCUGUUUGA